GAAAACACUUCCUCAAUCUAAGAGAGUUCUGUCUGCCUGGGAUCAGCCACCCUUUCGAUAUAAGAUGAAAAAGCUCUUUCAGAAGUGGUUCAGUACCAGUGGUUGGUUGUAAUUCUCUUAGUGUUGUGAGUUGGUGGAUCCCUCAGAAUUGGCUUUCAAAUCUCUAUGACCAACUACUCAGCCAUGCUAUGAAGAAACUGUGCGGUGAGGGAGAGCACCAGGAGAAAGUGAACAAUCUGCAAAACUAAAAGGCAGUGAUGGAAAACAUCAGAAUCCCGAGAGUGCUGGAAGUGAUGGAAGACCAAACUCCAGCAGCUGUGCAUUUUGAUUACUGUGAUCAUAACUCUGGAAUUCUCUGGCAUUAAUGCAGUUGGGUAUCUUCCCCUCUCCACACAGCAUUUUCCAUAAGAAAAUUCUGCAGUUUAAGCUUGCAGACACUAUAAAAGAAGUUGUGUCUGCGUGGGAGUCAAGUAGUCAUGAGAUUUACUCCUGGCCAUCAACUGGCUGCUGAUUUGGCUUUGGAUGUUUCUGUCCAUCCAUCUACCACUCUUUAUUUGGAAAACUGUCAUUCACUAUCUAUCUACCUAACAGAAAAAGAGAGACCUUCACUGAGCUGGCAGUGCUAUAUAAAUACACCAUGUUAUUUAAGAAGAGAAGUUUUGAAUUAUGGACAUUUAUUCUGCAAUAAUGCUGGGGGCAGACUGGCUUGUGUAUGUUAACAUGCCCCCAUACUUCACUGAUUCCAAAAAGACUAACAAGGUGCUGCCUGCAUCCAGGAUAAAAUCUUAUGCUUCUUUGCUACCAUGCCCUCUUCCCACCCUCUCUGUGGCAGUGCUUCUAUACAGCUUGCAGCUUCCCUAACAAUGUUGUAAAGGGGAAUUUCUAAUGCCCGAGUCACCUGUUUGAAAAUAAGAACAGCAUGAGACCAAACGGAACACAAAUAUAACAUUUAUCUGCUUCCAUGCUGUUCUUUUCCCAGCUUGCACAGAUUUCACAAUGUGGCGCAAUCGCAAGUGGUAGUACUUCUGAACUGCGCUGAACAGACAUUAAAGCCUUGGAGUAGCUAACUAAAUAGACAUAUGGAAAAAUAUGUGUCAGGAUCAGUGUGCACUAUUGGCACUGUACCAGAUCAAUAAUGUAUUCAGCUGUGGUAACUUCCACUUUCAUUUGUCAGUGCCUUCUCUCUGAUUUCAUUCUCCUCUUUCUCUUUUUUGUAGUUUUUUUCUCAGGAGUCCCAACCUUUCUGCGCAUACAGAAGAGAAAAUUUUCUGUUGUAAUCUUGGUCAGUGUCACUUUGUCUUUGCUGGUCCUUUUGCAGGAACCAGUCUCAGCAGAAGCACGGCUGGAAUAUUGCAGAGGGACUAUUCAUCCCUGUCACAGAACACCAUGUCAGGUUUAAAAGCAUGAGCCUUGGAUUCCUCUGUCCCUCUCUUACCAAGUCCAGUCAUGCUGACUCUGAUAUAGCUCCAGUCUCUCCUGCAAGUCAGUCCUUCAGGGGUAGUCUGGCUGGGCACCUUCACCACUUCAUGGCUUAAGGAACCUUUCUGUCUCCAGCAUUCAUACUCCUCGGCUGCACAAUCCAAUGUGCCAAACCUCAGGAGGCCUGUUCUCCCAGUGGCUUACUAUUGCUGCAUCUCUUGCAGUUACUGAUAAACCAGACAGUAUAUGAUUAAUCCACCAAUAUUAAUGUUUGCAUGUUGUUUUAACCCCAUGCCAAGGCCUCUCUUUGUCACACUUCUGCAAGCAACAUCUCAAAUAAUUUUGACUACUCACCCUACCUGUCUCCUACUCAAAAGGAAAGAUAAAACAAGUCUAUUUCUGCACUUCUGAGGUACUGCGCACAGCUGGGUUUGAAGGCGGCCUUAUUUCAUCUGUAUCACUAAGGACCUUUACCACUUGAGCAGUCUGGCAGGAAGACACUUCUGUGCAAGGGCUAUGCUUUCAUGGCCUUGGCACUGUCUGUCCUCACAGUUACUCUCUCCCUUCAGGUAAGAAGAAAUUUUUAACUAUUUUAUUCCCAUUGGAGUUUCACACCUAAAGACUGGCACGUUUCAUGUCACAGCAACAAAACAAACUGGAUUUAGACAGCUACAAAGUGAAACUUUGCCAUCAUUGUCAUCUUUUUGUCAUCAUGUUCAAAGUGCUGUCAAAGGAGAAGCAAAAAAAAAAAAAAUCUUUCUCUGGUUUAUUUCCAGAAAAAAACUCAUCUCUUUCUGCUUCCUUAUAUUUACUGGGAUCUUUAUCAGCUCGGGCAUCUUCAUCUACCUCUUCCUUCCAGAGACAAAGGGGAACUUGGUUAUGGAAAUAACCGAAGAAUUUGAUGCUUUACAUUUUAGGAAGAGACCUCACUCCUUUACAGGAAAUACUUUUCUUGAGAAACCUAUCACCUGCUGUCGUGGUUUUACCCCAGCCGGCAGCUGAGCACCACGCAGCUGCUCACUCACUCCCCCCCCCCAUCGGGAUGGGGGAGAGAAUUGGAAAAAGCUCAAGUGAGAAAACUCGUGGGUUGAGAUAAAGACAAUUUAAUAGGUAAAGCGAAAGCCGUGUUCACAAGCAAGGCAAAGCAAGGAAUUCAUUCACCACUUCCCACGGGCAGGCAGGUGUUCAGCCAUCUCCAGGAAAGCAGGGCUCUGUUAUGUGUAACGCUUACUUGGGAAGACAAACACCAUCACUCCAAACACCACUGCCCCUCCCCACCCCACCCCCCCCAAGCUCCUUAUAAACUGAGCAUGACGUCAUAUGGUAUGGAAUAUCCCUUUGGACAGUUUGCAUCACCUGUCCUGUCUGUGUCUCCUCCCAACUUCUUGUGCACCCCCAGCCAUCCCGCUGGCAGGGCAGUGCAAGAAGCAGAAAAGGCCUUGGCCCCGUGUAAACACUGCUCAACAACAGGUCCAUAGAACAAAACCAUCUCUAUAUUAUCAAUGCUGUCUCCAGCACAAAUCCAAAACAUAACCCCACACUAGCUGCUGUGAAGAAAAUCAACCCUCUCAGCUGAAACCAGGACACCUGCACUAGCUUCUAGCUGGUCAGCAGAAGGACUGUAUAUUAAGUAAGGUCACAAAGGACUGCAAUGCUUGCAGACUGCAAAACAAAGCAAAGGCAAAUUAUCUGUUUUCCAUUAUUGGAAAAGAUAUGAAUAUUCCUUCAUACACACAAGUGGAAUCUUCAUGAAUGAAAGUCACUCUCAUAUCACUGUAAAAACCUGAGAGCAGUUAAUAAUAAGUCAGUCAUCAUACCAUAAAAAAGUGCUAUGCCAAACUUAUAGAUUUCACUUAGGAAAUGUUUUGUGCCUAAAUGUCUUCUUUAGUUCCAGUCUCUGUGAUUUUGCUAUUCAGAAAUUAAUUUUGAGGUUUGGAUUAUAGCAAACCCAAAGUCUCAAAUCAAACCUAGAAGAAACCGCUGAGUUCCUCUCAGUGUGAAAUUAAAUGGCAGGUGGCUUCAGUCAUCCACCAUGUGCAAUAUAGUGCAGAUCAAGGUGGCUUAGAACCAAGCCCAGCUUUGAGCUCUUUAGACAAAUUUAUGACACACCUUGUGAAAGUGAGUUUCAUGUGUUUGUCCAUUUCACAGCAAGCAUUUCUUACAGCUCUGUGUAGAACAAAUUAACUUAACUCUGUAAUAAUUCCUUAAAUAUGAAACCAUGCACAACUUUCAUAGUGUAAAGAGUCGUUUCUAGAAUAUAGGUGAAUUUUUUAACAGAAAGGGUCAAUGCCAUUGACUGGACAAAAAACAAGAGGUAAACUCCUAUGAUAAAAUCAUCCUAAAAUUGCUGAUAAGGUGAAACAGUACCAUGCUAUAUAGUCAUGUGUAGCUCAGAAUCACCAGAAAUCCCCCAAAAUAUAGAGAUAUUUUACUGUGAGCUGAUGGAAUUUACUGCUCUUUGAGAUGCUCAGUAAUUAUUUUCAAGGAGUGUAGGGAUCCUUAUGACAUAACCCCCCCUACACUCUGAUACAAUUUGAGAAAAAAUAUGUAGUUAAAAGGAAAAAUUAAAAUUUUAAAACAAUAAAUAGUCAAUAGCUAUGCAACUUGCAUUUUUGUACAAUCAUUAUGUUACAAUUGUUGGUGUUCAAAAGAAAGCAAUAACAAAAAUGCCAAAUCAUUCUAAAGGCUAUUGCAAGCCAGAGUAAACAUCAUUUGCUAUGCAGUUAUAUAGGCAAUAGUUGGAAUUACACAAGUAACUAAGGUUUUAUUAUUAACAUGCAUUUUUUUCUCAUUUCUUUAGACUCCCAGUAUUUGCAGUAAACCCCUCUGUAAAUAAUUGCAUUCUGUGCUUUAUGAACUGAACGUUCCAGUCCCAAGGGUGAGCUUGGGCAUUUUCUGAGGGCUCCAGUACAACCCCAUUGCCCCAUUUGCCCCCACCCCAAGGCUUGGGGGUGGGGGAAAGUCCCCUGGCAUGAGUAAGAGCAAGCGAAAGACUUUGGAAGCAGGAAUGACAUGAGAGCCCCAGGCAAACCUCUUUCUUCCAAGUGCUGCCUCUAGCAGAAGCCAUGUAGAGGUACAGUUUGGGCUUCGCCUGACAAGAGAGGAGCCUCUGGAAACCGAAGGUGACUUUUCAAUGGCUGCAACACUGAUUUUGGAGUUGUUCCAUGUCUGUGAUGCUCAAAGCUGAAACCUAGGAGAUUAAGAUCCCAGUUGUUCCAUCCUAACUCAUUCGCGAAUAUUUACUUACUUUGGUUACUUUCAUGAGUAAGUGGGUCUUACAGUUAAUGGCUGUUUCAAGUGGAGCCUUCAGGACCAGACGCUCUAUUCCAAAAGCCUCUGCCAUGGCCUAAUCUCUCUCACUGCCUUUUCACCACUCCUGGCCAGCAAACAUCCCCAUAAACACCAGACAAGAAAUACCUCUCCACAGUACAGUCUAACUGAUACAUAAAGCCAGAAUAGCAGAAUUAGGCUUUGAAAUUUGCUACUUCUACUUCAAGCCCAAGGAAGGGCUGUGUGCUUCAGAAUUUGCCUAUUUUUCAUCUAAUAAACAAUAUUUACUAUAUAUGAAUCUGAAACAGAAGACCACAUACUUUACUUAUUAAUAAAUAACAGUAUUUAAACAUCAUACCAGCUGCUUUAUGCUUUGUGCAGAUUACAGCAGAGAUACUCCUCAGUCCGUAUCACAGAUGUAAAGUAUCUUACUGUUCCUGGAAAACUGUUUAGAUUUUUUGCCUGAACUGUUCUCCUUUCCAUUUCCAAAGCCUUCACUAGCCCCCAGGUGCAAACUUCCUUUGCUUUGAAACUUUCCCCCUGUGGACUGGACUAGAUGCAAUUAUUUCCUGAAAUAUUUAAUCUGGCAGUGUUAACUUUGGCCAGUUGAAGUAAAUAUAAGUGAAUGAAGACGAAAUAGUAAAAAUUUAACUCUGGUCCCUGAAGCCAAAUGCCCACGGCCGUACCAGCAGGCAGGAGACAGACACAGAAGCCUGUGAUGACAAAGACACAUCACUCACUGGACAACCAGCCCCUAGCCAGAGAUGACCGGCUUCCUAUCGGACCUGGUACAGUACCGGGGGCUCUUUCAAAUGAUCCCUGUCCUGGGGAUAGGUGGAACAUUCCAAAUUGGCUUUCAAAUUUCUACCAUCACCUACAUGUCUCAGCAUGUUAAGGUUUUCAUUAAUGAAACUUGGCUGGAGCGAUAUGGCUACCCCAUCCAUCAGGAUAACCUCUUGUUCCUAUGGUCUAUCACUGUGUCCAUCUUUGGUAUAGGAGGUGUCUUGGGUUCUGCAGGAAGUAGAUACCUGACAGUCAAGUAUGGCAAAAAGAAAUGUCUUCUGUGCAACAAUCUGCUCAUGAUAGUGGCAGCAUCCAUCAUGGGCUGCAGUAAAAUAGCCCGGUCCUUUGAGAUGAUUCUAAUUGGACGUUUCAUGUGUGGAAUAAGUGCAGGUCUUUGUGUUCCUCUACAUCAUCAAUACGUUGGGGAAAUUUCCCCCAGGAAGCUACGUGGAUUUGCAAACUCUACCUCCUCUUUCUUUUGGUCACUGGGAAAAGCCGUCGGGCAAAUUUCAGGACAAAGGGAGCUUCUGGGCAGCCAGUCCCUCUGGCCCAUGCUGAUGGCCUCCUGUGGACUUCCAGCACUGGUCCAACUGGUCACUCUGCCCUUCUUCCCUGAGUCCCCACCAUAUCUCCUCAUGCAUAAAGGAGACCAGGAAGGCUGCAAAAAAGCCAUAAGGCAGCUUUGGGGUGAAGGCCAUCACCAAGCAGAGAUUGAUGACAUCAUGAAAGAGAAGGCAACAAUGAAAAACACCAAGAUCUUGAGUGUCCUGGAGCUAAUGAAAGAACCAGCUUUCCGUUGGCAGCUGUACAUGAUAGUUAUUCUGACUGCCACAGUUCAGCUAUGUGGCAUCAAUGCAAUCUAUUUUUAUACUUUUGAGGUCCUCCAGGCAGCCGGCUUUGAUGAAAGAAUGAUCUCCUAUAUGACCCUGUCUGUUGGACUGUCUGAACUCUUAGCUACUGUAGUCUGUAGCUCCAUCAUUGAGCGACUGGGCAGGAAAGUGCUUCUAAGAGGAGGCUAUUUGAUCAUGGGUUCGCUGCUAGCUGGUAUUACCGUGACUCUGUCGCUACAGGACUGGUAUUUCUGGAUGCCAUACUGCAGCCUUUGUCUGAUUAUCUUGUUUGCAGUUGUCUUUGGAGUUGGGCCAGCUGGUGCCACAGUUUCCAUUAGGGUUGAAAUUUUCAAGCUCUCAUGCAGACCACCUGCCUUUGUGAUCAGCGCAUUUGUCAACUGGCUGGGCGUCUUUGUGAUCGGAACAACCUUCCCGUUCAUUGUGGAAAGACUCAAGCACUUCUGCUUCCUCAUCUUUAUGGGGGUUCUUUUCACUUCAGGGAUUAUUAUCCACCUGUUCCUUCCAGAAACAAAAGGGAAAUCAAUCAUGGAAAUCACAGAAGAAUUCAAUAAGCUAAACUUUAAAAAGAAGCGUAUUCCAACAACUCCAAAUCAUGUCACAGAGGAUUAUACCUUCUGCACCAGGCUUUGACCCACC